AUGAGACUGAUAUCAGUGGUAUGCAUUCUGGCGAUCGCAGCGGCAGCUGUGGUCCCCCUUACAAAAGAAAACUUUGACGAGGUCGUCAACGGAGAGAAGAACGUAUUUAUCAAGUUCUAUGCUCCUUGGUGUGGUCAUUGUCAAGCUCUCGCUCCCGAGUAUACUCUUUUUGCUGAGUCCUUUGCCAACGAGCCUUCUCUGAUCGUUGCUGAGGUCGAUGCGGACUCCGAGCGCGAGCUGGGAGACCGCUUCAACAUCGAAGGGUUCCCCACGCUCAAGUUCUUCCCCGCCGGCGCGUCCGACAAGCCGGAAGACUACGACGGCGAUCGCACCGCGGAAGCGCUGGUCUCCUGGGUGAACGACCGUCUGGGUACGUUCUGCUCUCCUCAUUCUCCUCCCAGGCACCCACGCCACCGUGAAGAAGCCUGUCUCCGAAGUGCUGGUGCUCACGCCGUCCAACUUCGACGAGCUCGUGAAGAACUCAGGCAAAACCGUCUUCGUGAAGUUCUACGCGCCGUGGUGCGGUCACUGCCGCCACCUCGCGCCCACCUGGGAAGAGCUGGGCGCCGUCUUCGCGGAGGAGCCGUCUGUGAGCAUCGCGGAGCUGGACGCGGACAUGUACCGCGAGCUGGCGUCGGAGUUCGACGUGCACGGAUACCCCACGCUGAAGCUCUUCCAGGGCCAGGCGGCGCCGGUGCCGUACGAGGGCGACCGGUCGCUGGAGAGCCUGGUGGAGUUCGUGAACGAGCACGCGGGGACGGCGCGGCUGCCGGACGGGUCGGUGGACGCGAAGUUCGGUCGGAUUCCCGCGGUAGAUGA